AUGGUGAAUGCCCCAGACAUGUCGCGGCAGCGAUUUACGGGCAAGGUCACAAGAUUUCAUGCAGAGCGAGGGUGGGGAUUCGUUGACCUCAAUGGUACUGACGUCAUGGUUCAUGUCAACGACUGCAAGCCAGAAGAUGUAGAGCUUUUCACCGGGGGCCAGCCGAGACCUGGAGAUAUCGUUUCUUUCGAGGUCGAGCCGCGCAAGGACAACCCUGAGCACAUGCAGGCCAAAAGGGUCGUGGGUGGUACUGAUGAGCGCUGCUGCAACACAAAGGGCAAGGGUCAAGCUGUCCCAGCACCAGGCACCGGCCAGCACCUUGGUGUCAUCAAGGCAUUCAACACGAAAGGCCUUGGGUGGGUGCAAUGCAUGGAUGGCAUAACUGCCUGGGUCGAGCUUGCCGACUGCAUCGGAACCCGCCCUGUCACAGGCGACCGCGUCCAAUUUGACCUGCAGCCCUGCGAAGUGAAGCCAGGGAAGAUGCAGGCAGUCAACGUUACUGGCGGCACAGCCCCAAUGGACCUGAAAGAUGCCGUUCUGGGUAAAGACAUGGCCAAGGCAAAGGCAGCUGCGCCAGCCCCUUUGCUCCAGCUGAAGCGCAAUGCAAAUGGCCACUUGAUUGGCUGUGUCUGCGCGUUAUGCCAGCAAAGCUGUGCGUCCGAAAUCCCAGUCGUGACCGCGCCUCCCAUCACAGCACAGCCCGGGCCUGGGCCGCUUGCAGGCAGCGUGCAAGCUGCGCCGAUCGGGCUGAUGAAACGGCCGAUAACCGGAAGUAACAGGUCUGGCCCCUACAGCGGUGGUAUGGGGAGCAUGGGCAGGCUGUACUAG